CUAUAAUCGCUUUUCGAGCUCGCGCCGGCGCGGAGACAGCAAGAGUCUUAAGUACGACUCGUUGUAGCCUUUGUAGGCCUCGCCAGAGCGCGGGUCGCUGACAACUGUGCGAGCUCGUACUCCAACACACAUAUCAAUCUACUCUCAGCAGCAUGGAUGCUGAGCCCGCAGCCGCCGAGCCUGCCGCAGAGCCCCCCGCUGGUGAGCCGGACGCGGCCGGUGAUGGCCUCGGCGUCGAUGGCAUGGACGAGGCCCCCGCCGAAGGCAUGGACGCCGCCGCGCGCUUAGGUUUGCCCGUCAAGACGGCCGAAGAGGAAGCAAAAGAAAAGGAGGACGCCGAGCUGCGAGACCUCAAAAAACAAGUGCUAGAAGAAGAAAAGCGGAAACGGGCGGAGCGCUUCAACAUGGAGGUCGACGAACCGGAGAAGAAGGACGAGCCCUGGGCGCCGCCCGACGGCGUGCCCUGGUCGCUCUUCAAGAAGCAGCAGCUCGACGCCAAGCGGAAACCGAGCAGGGGCCCCGCCAUCACGACGGGCUUCGACAUCUCCACGGCCGAAGAACGGGCCAAGGCCGCUUCACGUCUCGCGAAGUUCGACCCGGAAGCCGCCGAAAAGUUGCAAAAAGAACAACAGGAGAAAGAUGAGGAGUUCGCGCAGCGGGCGAAAAGACUGGCGCGCUUCGGCGGCCAGGAUUUGGGGGAACACGGGGCCGCUUGGACUAGGUUUGAGGCGGAAGCUUUGAGGCCUUUGAAACUGUCGGCCGAGGAACUGCUAGCUGAUGAUCCUGAUCGUACUGAUGGAGACGCGCAGGCGACGGAGAAAUUACAUCUGCGAGUAUUGCCAGUUGAUAGGCAGGUCUUCAAGAAGCUGCGGAGUAAUGAUUUGGAGGGCCAUUUCUCGGCCUACGGCGCGUCGUACGUCGAAUGGCUCGGGGAACAAUCCGCGAACGUCUGGUUCCCGGACGCCGACAACGCGGCACGGGCGAAACUGGCCCUCGCCGCCGAGAUUCCCGCGGCGCCCUUCGGCGACGUCGACCUGAGCGGGUGGCGCCUCGCGAAAAUAGAAAAAACGAAAGGAGACAAGUGGGGCAAGCGAGGGACAGCCGCGCGCUGCCUCGUGCGCUUCGGCGGUUCAAAUGAUGUGCUCGCCGAGAAGCCGAAGUUCGCGAACCCGGACCCGACGAAAAGAGGCAAAUUCAAGGCGCCGAAGAAGAAGCGCGGCCGCGGCAAGCGCAAGAUGAACCCGGAGAAGGUCGUCGGGAGCAUCGAGGGCGGCCUCGGGGCGUCGCGGGGCUACGGGACGCCGCUCGAUUUCGGGGAUUCGGAGCCGGCGGCGAAGCGGUCCAAAGGUGGUGAGGAGUAAAUUACAACACAC